AUGACGAAACUCUUCACCCCUCUCGACAUCGGCCCUGUCAAGCUGAAGCACAGGGUCGCAAUGGCGCCCCUCACACGUUAUCGCUGCGACGAUGACUGGGUGCCACUGCCCAUCGCCAAAGAGUAUUACACGCAGCGGGCUUCCGUCCCCGGCACGCUCCUCAUCACCGAGGCGACAUUAAUAUCCCGCCGCGCCGUCGGCAGGCUGAACGUCCCCGGCAUCUGGAGCGAGGCGCAGAUCGCCGCGUGGAAGGAGAUCACAGACGCCGUGCACGCCAAAGACUGCCGCAUCUUCUGCCAGCUAUGGCAUCUCGGACGGGCCGCCCGCGCAGACGCCGCCGAGGUGGCGGGCACAAGAGUGGUGUCCUCCAGCGCCGUGCCGGUGGACAGCAGCUCGCCGAUCCCGCACGCCAUGACCGAGGAGGAGAUCUAUGAGACGAUCAGUGAUUACGCAGAGGCGGCGCGCAAUGCCGUGCAGAGGGCGGGCUUUGACGGCGUCGAGAUCCAUGGCGCGAAUGGAUAUCUGUGCGAUCAGUUCCUGCAGGAUACCUGCAACCAGCGCACGGAUGGCUGGGGCGGCAGCGUCGAGAAGAGGGCUCGAUUUGCCCUCGAAGUGACCAAAGCCGUGGUGGCAGCCGUCGGCUCCGACAGGACGGCGAUCCGCCUCAGUCCCUUCAGCGACUUCUUAGGCAUGCUGAUGAAGGACCCCUAUCCGCAAUUCGAAUACAUCGUCAAAGAGCUGAAGCCUCUGAAACUGGCUUACCUGCACCUGAUCGAGGCGCGCAUCAGGGGCAACGACGAUGCAUCGUGCGGCGAGGGCCAUAAUGUCAGCUUCCUGGUGAAGCUAUGGGACAAUGCGAGCCCCGUUCUCCUCGCGGGCGGUUUUACUCCCGAAUCUGCGAGGAAAGCCGUCGACGAGACAUACAAGGACUACGAUGUUGGCAUCGUCUUCGGACGAUAUUUCGUGUCCAAUCCAGAUCUUGUCUUCCGAGUGAGAGAAGGCAUUCCACUGAUAAAAUACGAACGGACAUAUUUCUAUACUCCAAAGGUCACAAAGGGGUACACGGAUUACCCAUUCAGUCAAGAGUUUUUGGCAGAGGCGGCAUGA